GCUUGGGCUACAGAGUGAGACACUGUCUCAAAAAAAAAAAAAAAAAUUAUCCGAUUGGGCCUAGCAAUUAAUUGAAAAAGCUGGUUAAAGCAACUUUCGUUAAAAAACACCUAAGUUCUCUACACAUCUCAUUUUAUUAUUUUCUUACACAUCUCGCAUUAAAUGGAAACAUACACGUUCUUACUCCUAGGCUGGUCUUCCUGACCUUUCUCUGAGUGUGGGCUUGCUGACCAGAGUUCCUGUAUUGUUACUUUCUAGUUUUGGUUUCUUUAAAACAGAGCAAGAACUUAAAGGCAAAGGAAUCUGAGUGUGAAAGCCAUCUGGGUUUUUACAAAAUGUCCCCAAUGUUCAGUUAUCAUGUCUGCAUCUUUUUCAACAGAAACAUUCUCUGAGUAAUUCCAAAGUCAUCCCAAAGUGGUCAACAGGUAUUUAUAGAAACAACUCGUUCGUCUACUCGCUCUGAGGUGCAGCACAGGUGCUUCAGAGCUCAGACUGUGCCAGUGGAUUCAAACUCCAACUCACUUACUAGCUGAUGACCUUGGCUAAGUUAUUUAACCUGUCUGUGCCUGUUCCCCAUAUGUAAAAUUGGGGUUUCAGCUAUUAUUGCUGCUUUGAUGGUUCCUGGGAUGUUAAAUUCAAUUAUGUAAUUACAAGUACAACUGCCAUGAACAGGUUUGGGAACCAACUUGACUCUUGAUAAGCAUCUGAUUUAACUGAAGGAGCCGCAGGCCAAGGGUGUGCUAGAGACUGGCCUACUGCUGUGAGUGUUCAGCAUGCCAAGGGCAUUAGUCAGUAAGUUUCACACAAGGAAACGGAAAGCAUUAGGUAAGCCAGGUCAGUGACGCCCCUGAUAGUUAAGAACAACUGUACUAAAUCUGUCACCAUCUGUCAUCCAACCCUGGCCACAAUGAGGGGAAUCACCUGGGGAACUGUAAACAACAUGACGUCCUGGCACCCCCAGAGGCUGAUGUAAGUGGUACCAGGUGGCCUGGGCAUUUCUAAAAGCUCCCAGAUCUUUACGAGCAGGGAUGAGCACCCAAGGGCUAGAAGGGAAGCCCUUGGAGGGCACGGCCCGCCUUUCUGAUCUCACAACUGUACAGUGCCUGGCAUGGUUCCUGGCCACAGCGGGCCCUCACAUCCUAGCUUUUAAAUGAAUAAAUGGUGGCCACUAGGUUUCACACACUGGGGACAGGCUUGAUUCCCUCUUCCCGGCUCUCCUACUGUGCCAGUAGGCAGAAAUCAACCACACAAUAUUGCUGAGGACAAAGGCACCAAUAGGAAGCCUCAGCGGGGAGCAACACUUCCCCCAGAAACAGUUCCAGGAGGUGCCAGGCGCCAGCCAGGGCUGCAGUUAAUCAUUCACCCCACAGCACAGGAAGUGAGGCCUACGCCAGUCCCAGCCCCAGCCCCACAGCACAGGAAGUAAAGCCUACGCCAGUCCCAGCCUCAGGACUUCCUGAGCUCCGGGCAGGUCCUCUCAGUCCACACAUCAUCCAGAUGGGACAGCCCAGUCCAGACCAGCCACAGUGGCUUGAGUCCGGGUGCACCUCUGGUCACCUGGCAGCCUCUUCAGCUCAGCCCCUCACAAAGUGUAGGCCUGAAGGACCACCCUGAAUUGCCCUUGUAGGACCCAGGACGGCUACCCAGCAGAAUCAGAUUCUCAUGGACCAACUAGUAAUCAAGAAGACAAUCUGGAAUGAUGAGUUCUGGCAGAACCCCUGGGACCAGGGGGGCCUGGCAGUGAUUAUCUUAUUCAUCGCCGCUGUCCUGCUUCUCAUCUUAUUUGCCAUCAUGUUUGAUUUACUCACUUCCACAAAAAACACCCAGUGUGAAAAGCGUGAAGAGGAGUGACCUGACUUUCUAGGGGCUGAGAUGGCAGCAGGGGGAGUCCUAACACAAUGAACAGUUCAUUUUGAUAGCAGCCAGAGAUGCCAGCUUCCACUGUGAUUUUUGGAACCUUCCUUCCUGGAGUCUUCUGCCCCCUAGUGCAAUCUGGACCCGUUUUCCGUAGGCCUGGGACACAGCUACCUUUCAGGACUACCCUCCAAUAUUGUCCUGCGCCAAGACUUACUCCUGG